GGGGCGGAAAUGGCAAGUUCUCAGAAUGAGACCAGGCUUUCCCAGGACAGCCAUUGGUUCUCUGUGACUAUAAAACAUGCUCAUCCAGAAACAGCCUCUGGUUUUUCUUUCCCGAAGGCAGCCAGAAGAGAAUGGGCACGGAGCCGGCCUCAGCCUGGGGGCCGCCGGGCUCUGGCGGCGCACGUGGCGGGGAGCUCGCUGAGCGCGGCGGGCGCAGUGGCCGCCAUCGUGGGGCUGUCGCUCAGCCCGGUCACCCUGGGCGCCUCGCUGGUGGCGUCUGCCGUCGGGCUGGGGGUGGCCACCGCCGGAGGAGCCGUCACCAUCACGUCCGACCUCUCCGUCGUCUUCUGCAACUCCCGGGAGGUGCGGCGGGUGCAGGAGAUCGCGGCCACCUGCCAGGACCAGAUGCGCGACAUCCUGAGCUGCCUCGAGUUCUUCUCCCGCUGGCAGGGCCGCGGGGACGCCCGGCUGCUGCAGAGCGGGAGGAACGCGUCCAUGGCCCUGUACAACUCGGUCUACUUCAUCGUCUUCUUUGGGUCCCGAGGCUUCCUCAUCCCCAGGCGCGCCGAGGGGGCCACCAAGGUUAGUCAGGCCGUGCUGAAGGCCAAGAUCCAGAAACUGGCCGAGAGCCUGGAGUCCUGCACCGGGGCCCUGGACGAGCUCAGUGAGCAGCUGGAGUCCCGGGUCCAGCUCCGCACCAAGCCCGGCCGCGACCACGACCUCGGGGCCUCCGCUGCCCGGCACGCAGCGCUGUUUUUCUGAGGACAUCCUUUCUCUCCAGGACCACGGCCAGAAACCGUCCCCACGGGAUCCCCCAGGACACCACCAAGCUGGGUGCGGAACUGAGUGCAAAGGAUGAGAAAAACUGUGCCGGGAGCGGACGAUUCCUCAGGGCCCUUCUUUCUCAACAUCCUGCUGCCCUGGCUGGCCUUGAGCCCUAGGGACUCUCUCUUAUUGACCCUAGUGGAGUGUGUGACCUGCAACCAUUUUUCUGUGUCAAAAACCUCCUUGGCUUCACACAGUGGGGCAGCUGCUCCUGUUUUAGAAUUGUUUUGGGGUCCCUGCCCCUGCCCCGAGGCUUUAAGCUGAAGCAGGGGAGGGGUGGAGAGGGGUGGAGUGGGGUGGCACGCACUUUGUCCUCCCCAAAUUCCGCUAGGCUUUGAGGUCCUUGGAGUGCUCCUGGGAAGAUGCACUUGCCUUAACACCUCUCUCCCAGAGUUUCUGAUACAAAGAACCUCUCUGAGCAUUGUAGGGGCUUCAGAACCCAGUGGAGGACUAGGGCUGACAUGACCUCUCCUUCCUGUCCCCUGAGCUUACCCACUCACAGAGCCAGCCGGGCUGUGGUGUGCACCUUGCGAGGGUGACUUCCACCCAGACCUCUAGGUACCCUGAGAGAAAAGUCACCAGAGUGAUCCUCUCAGUCCCCCACCCCCUUGCAUGGAGAAGCUGAGGCCAAGAAAGGUGUCAGUCACUGACAUCCCAGUGUAGAAAAGACAACAGUGAGUGUUGAGUUUUUUUGCAGGCUUUGACGCUACUGUGUGACUUUUCUCUGAGACUGGUUUUCUGGUGUGUAAAACAGAGAUACUAAGAUCUUAGCCUAUUGUGAGAUACUGAGACAAGGUGCCUAACACAGCGCCUGGCUCACAGGGUGCCUCCUGGAUGGCUCAUUAGCAUCGCCAGGGAAUUUUUUAGACAGGCAAAUUGUGGGACUCAACCCCGGAUUUACAGAACCAGAAACUUUGGAUGUGGGGCCCAGCCACUCGUCUUUAAACAAACUCUCCAGGCAAUUCUGAUGCACACUGAGGGCUGAGAACCCUCAGUGCAGCAAAUGUUGAUUUCUGAUUUCCUCAAUAAGCCUGGUCAGUAGGGGCGCUAUAGUCUUGAGAAUCAUUCAGGGAAGGUCAAGGACACACUGUCCCACAAGCAUGAGAAAGAAGGGAGGAGAUCGCCAGUGCUCUGGCCAGUCAGUGAAUCCCGGAGGUAUUUCUGACCUUGUGAACUAAGAGAUGUAACACAGUAUGCCCUUUAGAGGGCAGUGUUGCCCACUCGUUGUGGAAACCGAUACAGAAAGGAAUGUGAAUUUACCAGAUUUUUCUCUAUUAUUUUCCCUGAAAAUUCCAGGCUAUUUUUUUUAAUUUAUUUUAAGUUUUUAAUUUAAUCACUAUUAUUUUCAUUUAAUUUUAUUUAAUCACCACAUUUAGAAAAUGAUAAGACUAGCAUGUUUCUGAAUAGGUGACUAAGGAGGAUCUUUUUAAGAGAUGAGUUUGAGUUUGAUUUUGUAAAGAGUUUUUCACCUUCAGAGGGACUUUUUCCCUAGUGUUUUAAAUGAUCUUUUUAAAGUAAGUGUGGGGAGUUCUGCACAGAAGAGAGACCAAGAUGGGGCUGGGAAUUUAGCUCAGCGGCAAAGCACCUGCCAGGCAAGUGCAAGGUCGUGAGUUCAAUUCCUUGUACUG